GAGGGCGCAUGCGCGGCGCGGGCGAGCGGGAGCGGCCGUGCGUGGGGAGCGGUGCGGGGCGCGGGGCGCUGGCAGCGCGGGAGGCGCGCGCCUGGCGGCGGGAAGGGGCGCGCGGCUCCCGGUGGUCCUCAGGGGCCGGUUGGCGGCCUGAGGUGCCGCCUGUGUUGUGGGGAGCACGGAGACGUACGCUGCUGCUGCAGCUGAAACGGGGAUUCCCUCUAAGCUGCGAAUUUCAGGGUGGGAAGGAGUUGGUGGGGCCAGCCUUAAUGCAUGUCCGAACUUGCUUUUAGCGUAACUCUCACUGUUUGUCCAGACUGGAUGUGGCUCAGGUGAAAUAUCAAAGCUCCGAAACACUUCCACCUGCGUGACUUAUUUUUGUGAGGAAGGGCGUGCUGUGGAACUUCAACAAGCAGUGAACAAGCACUUCUUAAUAACUGAAUGGCACUCUUCUGAAAGCUGUCCUGUUCCUGGGGAAGUGCAGUGGGAGAGGUUGGCUGUAGAUACGUAGAUAUGAUACUGUUCAGUUUUCAUCCUUAAAACAGUAUUACUGUGGAAAUACAGGUUGUGGGGGUUUUUUAAUACAUUUUUAUAUGACAAUGCUUUCGAUAUGACAUCAGGAGUAGUAAGUCUGUAUCGCAGAUAAAAGAGAGCGCUGUGCUAUAUAUCUGUUUUGCCUAAAGGCUGCUAGUUGCUGCCUUCUGUUCUGACUUUGCUCAAACUGACAAACUGACUGCUUUGACUAAAAUUUUCCACCAGCCUUAUGAUGUUCUUGGGGGGGGGAACUUCUGAGCAAACCUUAGCAACUGUUUUUAUAAACCUUGUUUGCAAAACACAAAUGAUGUGGCUAUCUCUGUCUCCCUAAUAGGAUCUAGCAUACUUCUCUCUUCGAAUCUGUUAUUACACUCAUGACAGAGUGUUGUCCUCUCAGAAGAACAUGUGGUGUUUUCUUCCCAUAGAAAGUCCACCCAGGAUGGCUAGAUGUGAGCAUUUAAAGAAUUUACGUGUCCCUCAGUGAGGUCUUGCAGGGAAAUAUCACAAGCUUUGGAGACUUCAGCUAUGGGGAUGUGUGCCAGAAGAGGGUUUAUCAGGCGUAUCUCCAGCUGUGGGCUUCCCAGAGCCUGCUGGAUCCAAGGUUACCCCUGUGGAUGAAAACUGAAGGGGUGACUGUCUAUCUUUUUUUUUUCCUAGUGUGUUUUUGCUCUUCCACUAAUUUCAACGUUGCCUUUGAUCCAAAUUCAGAAUCAAGUCAUUCUGAGUUAGGUGCUUUAUUUAAACACCAUAACUUAUCCUUUAGUACAUCCAGAGAAGCUGUGGUGCCCCAUCCCUGGAGGUGCUCAAGGCUAGGUUGGAUGAGGCCCUGAGCAGCCUGAGCUGGUGAUGGGCAGCCCUGACCAUGGCAGGGGUCGGGGUGGGUUGGCUUUGAGGUCCCUUCCAAUGCAAGCCAUUCUGUGAUAUUAGCAAUUUAGCUUAAUGCAAAAAAGGGGCAGGUGUUGGUAAGAACCUCCAGAAGUCAUUUGUGCUAUACAUUUAAUUGUACACAAAGAUAAUAAAUUAGACCAUUUGUCUGCCUUCUUCUGUGUGGAUCACCAGAAGCUUGAUAUUGCUAAGACAUGGUGUUUUCUGGGUUUAUCUUCUAUGUGUAUGCAAUGCUGGAGAAUAUUGAUAGAGAAGCAGCUGGUGCUCUGAUCAUUUUCUCAGCAGUGUCUGGCUCUGCUUUCCUUACGGUUAGUUGCCGUCAAGCAGAGGCAUGCCAACCUCUGGGUUUAAAUGGACAACUUUACAGAAAGCCAUUGUGCUUCAUUGAAGUUGUUUGUUUUCACUGUGAAGCGGUUACCAUUGAAAAACGUCAGCUAAUUUCCAUUUCUAGUUUUCCAGGUUUCGAAAGCUGUUCUGUGUGCAAAGUAAUGAUAAUCCUGGUCUGUUAAUGAGUGUGGUCUUACAGGGGGGUAGGGAGGAGGAGCUGGGAAGAGGAAGUGGGGCUGUAACCACCACAGAGUUCGUGCUGCACUGGGAGGUGCAGAGCUGUGAGUCAUAGGCCAUAGUUGCAGCUGUUUUCAGCUCUCUGUUAAAAUUAAUUGUCAACUUCAGAGCAAGUGAAGUGCUUCCUAAUGAAUGCUGCUACACUGAAUGGUCAGAGAACCUUGGGAAAAUUGGCUUCUUCGUAUCUUAUCCAGCAUUAACAGUGGCUGAAAGGGGUAUUCUUUGCGUCACUUCAGUGUGUGAAAGAUAUCUGCACUCUAUGAAUCUUGAAAAUGACCAAGCUGUUCACUUGGCAAUUUUCUAGUUUCAAUGCACAAUUCAGCAUGCUUUGGAUUAAGUGCAUAACUUCUUACUCCUAUAUUUUUAUUCUUGCACAAACAUUAGUGUAAAAAAUUACGUUUAUAAGAAAUAAUCUUACAUGGGUUCCCAUCCAAAAUAUACUAUGCCAGUAAAAAGCACCUUUAUAUUAAAAGAAAUAUUUCUGUGAUUACGGUUUGUCGUUUUCACUAUGCCAGCAGAUUUGAAAGCAAUAUGUAAAUAGAAUUUUAUUGUGAAUUACACCAAUUCAACAAAGAGCAGCUCAUACAGCAAAGCAGGUGACCAAAUAUUAUUCAACUGGCUAAGUAUAUCUCAGCAUUACCGAUAAAGUAAUACAUUCAACUUGUAGGAAGAGUGCAGCCAUACAGAUUUGGUGUCUUCAAAUUCUUGAUUUCAUGCAUCUUUUAUUAAGAAAAAAAAAAAGAUGAAAUAUUGCUGGGGAUGAGCUUUUUGUUCAGUGAUUAUAGUGUACAUUCUGCCAUCAAGUCUUGGGGCUUUUCCCAUGAGAUUUUGAUGGCAGUGUUACGAAACUUGGAAGAAUGAAAACCGAAGACCUCCUUAGGAAAAGGGUUUUUAAAACACUUUGAUUUUUAUUUGCAGCAGUCUGGAUGAUGAGUCGCAUACCUUGCAGUUGAGGUACUAAGGCCAGGACAAAUGUUGUAUCAAACUAUGGCUAAUAGUCAUUAACUCUUCCAAGAAGAAUGAGAAGAGCUCCCAGCCAGCACGCAGUCCUGCCCUCUCCCUUAUGUUCUGUGGUUGUGCAAUCUCCUGGUGAGCUGGAUCAGCUUGCCGAGCUGACAGUGAACUUGUCCCUCCUUAGAGGGGGAGGAGGUGUGGACUGAUCCCUUCAGUCCUGGAUUGGAUUGGACUGAGACUAAGGUGAAAUCACACCCUUAAGUGCUGCUCGUUUGUAAACAAGAAUGUGAAGGGCAUUGUGGUGGUACUCAGAGACUUUGUAGUUUGGAGCUGUUUUGAGUGUCAGUUGGAGAAGUGGUGGGUCUGAUCUGAAUGUGAAAAACAGUUUCUGAUUCCUGAACAUCUAAUCUGUGUUAGGAUAAUUGCUAGUCUGUCUGUAGUGGAGGGCAAAAUAAAGAGACUGCAAUAGUACAGAAUUUCUUCUUUUCCUGUCCUUAAAUUUCUGCUUCUGUUGUUGCGUGUGUGUCAAGUAGCUUGAAAUUAAUAUAUCAGUUUCACACAUAAAUAUAUUUCUCUUCUGAUUUUAUGCUUGUCUUCUUAAAUCUCCUGGCUGCUGACCUACUGGAAAGGAAAAGAUCUGUCUUCAUGGAGUUUUCAAUGAUGAUCGCAGUGGAAACCACAGCAAUAGCAGUUGAAAUCACAUCUUUCAAAAUCCAGAAAGACAAAAUCCCCGAACUUGCAGCAAGAGAUCACUCAAAUAUUUACUUAGAAAAAAAAGUUACAGAGGUGCAGACAAUCUUAUUCUGUAGGCUAAAAGCUUUUACUCCAAGUUUUAGUUAUGUGUCUGUGAAACAGCAUUUGACAAGCUGUAGUCAAGCUCAAAUAAUAAAAUCCUGUACAGGAUACUCAAGUAAAAGUUUAAGUGAUGUAGUUUUCUUUUGCAUCUGGUCUCUUGAUUGAUAAUGAGGCUUCUAUCCACUUUGGGUCUGAAGUGGUACAUGAACAACCAGAGCCAUCAAAGCCUCUGCAGAGCACUCACAGCCAGGCUCAACUUGCCUUUGCUUACCUGGUGCCACCACAGGAAGCCUCUUGUGUUCCUAGGCUGGGCCUCGCCAUUUAUAUCUCUCUGUGUUUUAGUAGGUUUCCCCCCAACGCAAUUAUACAUGUAUUUCCCUGUUAGAACCACUGUUAAGUCUCUUUCAUUGUCUGUCUCCUCUGUGUGCAUUUCUUCUUUCCCUGCGUUUUCUUGUUCUAAGUUCAGUUUCUGUCAGCCCUGGCACAUUCUUGCUGCAGCACUGUGCCCUCAGGUGUUUCAGACCACUCUUUCCUACCUCCACCCCUAGAAUGCUAUUGACAUGGCUUUAGCUGACGGCUACAUGGUUAUAAUGGAAGUCAGCGGGCAAUGGCAAUGUCUUAUUUCAGUUGCUUAUGUAUUUACAAGUAUUAGUUGUUGUAUGAAAAAGUUCAUCACAUCUGCCUGAUUCUAUUUGUAAAAUUUCAAACUGAGUGACUUCAUUGCUUCUGAAAGUGAAGUUUCAGAUAGCAAAGCUGAUUGACUUGCUGACAAAGAACAGGCAGUUUCACUGCUUCUCCUACAACAGCUCUGAUGUAUCUGACCUCUGCCUGAGCUGAUUAAGUUUCUCACCUCUAAAUUAGCAAAUAUAUAAAAAGUUGGGUUGAUUAUCUUUUUUCCUGCCUCAUUUUAGGGAGCUGAAUCAACUUAGUGGGUCACAUGAGCAACUGAGCCGGUAAAAAGUAGAGAACCCCAGGGCUGGGAGCAGGAGGCAUGAGAGUAAGGGACGGAAGACAGAAGGGGAUCUCACACUGUGAUGGCAGGGAGCUGGUGAGAAUCAAUGAACUGCUGAGGCAAAGAGAAAGAUUCUUUACCCUUCACUUGUGAAGAGCUUUUUGCUCCUGCUGCACCUCCCUCUCCUGGAUCUGGAGCUUUGCUGUCAUUGUUCCUCCUGAGGACCAAUGCGCAUAACACCAGAGCACAGACAGUGAGACAUCUGGUGUCUUACAGAACACUCAAGGCCUGGGUAAAGCAGAUUAAAAUGAAAGGUUUGAAAAUACUUCAGAACAUUUGACCGUCUUCUACCCAGCGUGUCCUUGAGUUGUUGCUGAGCAGUGCCUACACAGAGCCAAGGACGUUUCAGCUCCUCACGCUGCCCGGCCAGCAAGGAGCUGAGGGUGCACAGGGAGCUGGGAGGGGACAGAACCAGGACAGCUGACUCUGGCCCACGUGGAUGUCCCGUAACACGUGGAAUCAUGCUGAACAACAGAACUGGGGGAGCUGGCUAGGGGGACGGCUGCUUCUCGGGGACUGGCUGGGCGUCAGUCAGCUGGUGGAACAUCAGAAUCAUGGAGGGGCUCUUGCAUUACAUAAAUCCAGCACAUGCCAUUUCACUUCUAAGCGCACUGAAUGAGGAGCGUCUAAAGGGACAGCUAUGUGAUGUUGUUCUUAUAGUAGGAGAUCAGAAAUUUCGAGCUCAUAAAAACGUUCUAGCUGCCAGCAGCGAAUACUUCCAGACUCUGUUCACAAAUAAGGAGAAUGAGUCUCAGUCAGUAUUUCAACUCGACUUUUGUGAACCAGAUGCUUUUGAUAAUGUGUUAAACUACAUUUAUUCUUCAUCCUUGUUUAUUGAGAAAGGCAGUCUUGCAGCUGUGCAAGAACUGGGCUACAGCCUUGGAAUAUCCUUUCUUACAAACAUUAUUUCUAAGAGCCCUCAAGCUCCUUUUCCAUCUUGCCCCAUUAAGAAGAUACUGUAUCAAGAUGAAGAUGAAAGUAGUUCUCAGAAGAGGAGUGUCAUUGUCUGUCAGAACAGAAGCGAAGCACAAGGAAAGAGUGUAAAUCAAACACAGCAUGAUUUAAGCCAUACUUCUAAGCCUUUACCCUCUGCAGCUAUCAAAGCUAGCAUUAGACCACAAGUAGCAAAGCCAAUUGAGACCCUUCACAAUUUAUCACUGACUGAAAGGAGAUGGCUGAAAGAAAACCCUGUGAGCUAUACCAAGUUUCAUGAAACUUCUGGAACUGCAGAGGAUCAAAGCAGAGGUGGUUUAGUGAAAAGGAACACAGUGUUGCCUCAAAAACCUUUAGGAGAGAAAGAAAUUGCAAGUGAUGAACCAGGAAGCAGUGGUCAGCUUUUAAGAGGAAAGGCUGCAGAGUUAUCAUUAAAAAGACCACGUCCGCCAGUCUUAUCUCUGCGUGGCUCAUCAGAAUCUAUGUUUUUGUUGCGAGAGGCAGGAAAAGGAAAUGGUCAAGGUGAAGAUAGGAAUUUGCUAUACUACUCAAAGUUAGGACUAGUAAUCCCAUCUAGUGGAUCUGGUCCUGAAAACCAAAGCAUUGACAGAAGCGGUCCACUUGUAAAAAGUCUCCUUCGAAGGUCACUGUCUAUGGACAGCCAGGUUCCUAUUUAUUCACCUUCUGUUGACCUGAAACCUUCACAGGUAUCAUCUUCCUCCUCAUCAGGAACUACUGAUUCCCAGAAGAUAUUUAAUGUUGCAUCUCAAAAGUCAUGCUUGAAAGAGUCAUCGGAGAAGUUAGUCUUAGAUGAAAAGCCACAGGUAAUGCACCCACAUCGCCUUAGGUCUUUCAGUGCCUCUCAGACAACUGAUAGGGAAGUUUCUUCCCCUCUCACAGAGGUGCGAAUAAAAACCGAACCUAGCAGUCCACUUUCAGAUCCAUCUGAAAUAAUAAGAGUUACAGUGGGCGACGCAUCAGUAUCUACAAAUAAAGACUUUCCUUUUAAAACUGAGGAUGAUCAUAAGGAAUCAAGUAGACUUCCAGCAAAAAGGAGAUUUCAAGCCGAUAGAAGGCUACCAUUCAAGAAACUUAAAGUGAAUGAAGAGGGAUCUCCUGAAUCAGAAGAAAACUUUGAGGAAGGCUCAAGCCCUACACACCUUGAUGCUGAUUUUGCCGAUUCUGAUGUCAGUAAAGAUGAAUACAGUGAAAUGGAAGAAGCAAGACCAAAUAAGAAAUUUAAAUGCAAACACUGCCUUAAAAUUUUCAGGUCGACAGCAGGUCUUCAUCGUCACGUUAACAUGUAUCAUAAUCCAGAAAAGCCCUACGCUUGUGACAUAUGCCACAAGAGAUUUCACACAAAUUUCAAAGUGUGGACACACUGCCAGACACAACAUGGAAUUGUGAAGAAUCCCUCACCAGCUUCCAGUUCACAUGCUGUUUUGGAUGAAAAAUUCCAAAGAAAACUGAUUGAUAUAGUGAGAGAGAGAGAAAUUAAAAAAGCUCUGAUAGUUAAACUAAGACGUGGCAAGCAAGGUUUUCAAGGACAAUCUACUUCACAAGCACAACAAGUCAUCAAAAGGAAUUUAAGAUCAAGAACCAAAGGAGCCUAUAUUUGUGUCUACUGUGGAAAAGCUUAUCGUUUCCUCUCACAGUUCAAGCAACAUAUAAAAAUGCACCCAGGGGAAAAACCAAUUGGAGGAAAUAAGGUUCCUAAGCAGAAAGACCAUAUUCAUAUCGAAAGUCCUGUAGAAAACAAGGAAGUUUAUCAGUGUCGUCUCUGCAAUGCUAAGCUCUCUUCACUUAUUGAACAGGGAAAUCAUGAGCGACUCUGUAGAAAUGCUACUGUCUGUCCUUACUGCAGCCUUAGAUUUUCAUCCCCAGAGCUGAAGCAUGAGCAUGAAAGCAAGUGUGAAUACAAGAAGCUUACUUGUCUUGAGUGUAUGCGCACCUUCAAAUCAUCCUUUAGUAUUUGGCGUCAUCAAGUUGAAGUUCACAAUCAGAACACGAUGGCUCCAUCAGAGAACUUUUCUUUACCUAUCCUGGAUCACAAUGGAGACAUAACUAGUUCGUCAAGAUUGCCUCCUCAAUCAGAAUCCAACAAAAUAAACAAUUUUGCUGUGAAGGAAGAUGGAGUGUUCAGUGACUCGUCAGAACAGAUUAAUUUUGAUUCCGAAGAUUCCUCUUGCCUGCCUGAAGACUUAAGUGUUUCCAAGCAGUUUAAAAUUCAAAUCAAGGAAGAGCCUGCAGACGACGUAGAGGAUGAGGUCACUGAGGCAAGCAGAGAACCAAAGGAAGUAGUUUCCAACAAAGAUGCUGGUUUGUGGCCCUGUGAGAAGUGUGGGAAGAUUUUCACUGUACGCAAACAACUGGAGCGUCACCAAGAGCUCUUAUGCUCUGUGAAGCCGUUUAUUUGUCAUGUGUGCAACAAGGCCUUCCGAACCAAUUUCCGGCUAUGGAGUCACUUCCAGUCCCACAUGUCGCAGGCUGCAGAGGAGUCCGCAAAUAAGGAGCCUGAGGUAUGUCCACCAGCUAAUUCCCCAUCACCACCACCUUUACCUCCGCCCCCGCCACUACCCAAAAUCCAGCCUUUGGAGCCUGAUAGUCCAACGGGCUUGUCUGAAAGCUCCACUACUACUGAAAAAUUAUUUGUACCGCAGGAGUCAGAUACGCUCUUCUAUCAUGCUCCACCACUCUCAGCAAUCACGUUCAAAAGACAGUACAUGUGCAAACUCUGUCACAGGACUUUCAAGACAGCUUUUAGUCUUUGGAGCCAUGAGCAGACACACAAUUAGCUUUCAGAGAUACCUUAAAAAGCUGAUUUGAUGGAGGCUGUUUUCAGGAUCUUGGAUGUAUGCCAUGUAAACUUGAAAUUUAAGAGGAUCAAAACAACAGUGAUGACAGAAGAUUCUGAAUUUGUGAUGCUGCUUGGAUUUGGAGAUUAAGGUAAACUAACGUUGUUAGUAGGUAGAAAGCUGGGUAAUUAAAGAUAAUAUAGACUGGGAUCUAAUAGUAACAGAAUAAUUUUGAUUUCAUUUAACACUGAAAUGCGAUCGCAUCUGGAUUGUAUGCAUGGAUCUUCAUCCUGUGAUGUUGGUGUGUGCGUGUGUAUUAUAUAUAGAGUUAUAUAUUAAAUGGAAGAGCAACAACAAUUUGGAUUCUAACUGUGAGUUUAUAGUGGUGAAAUACUGUAACCAACUUCAUUGUUUGUUGUUUUUUUUCCUUAAAGAAACCGACACAGAAGCUCCAUAUAAAUAGCUGCCAUGCACUUGCAGUUAGAGAGGAAGUGGAUGGAGUGUCUUAAUGUAUUGACUUAGGUCUUAGAGAUCUUUAGCAAUAACGAAUAAACCUCAUGUUUCAGUAAUCCCGAUAUUAUUGGAUACGAAUGUUUGAUAUUUUAAGGGAACAUAAAACUGUUUUGUUGUUAUAUGGAACUUGUGCAAAUUAAAGUAGAAUUUAAAAUCAGCAAUAUUAUUAAUAAGAUUUUAUAUUAAAAAAAAAAUAGCAGCAAGUCUGCUUUCAGCCAUUUAAUUAUAAGUUUCUAAGGAGAAGUGGGGUGGGGGGGGGUACAUCGCUUUAUAUAUCGUCCCAAAGACUAAUUUACUAUGGAUAUUUCAGUAGCUAAAGUCAUUGUAUUAACAGCCAUCAUAAUGCAAAUGUUACUGUUUGUAAUAUGAACUAAGAUUGAAUGGAUGUCAGAUAAGUUUCAUAAUUUUGUUUCCGCUAUUUGUACAACUGUUUGCAAUUCUAACUGCAAAGGAAUGUAUAACUAUUAAAAAAAAAAGAGCUCGUUAAGGGAUAGAAGAUGACUUGUGUUCCUACACUCGGUGAAAAGCGUGGCCAUGAGUACAAAGAUAAGUUUUAACAUAAAGUAAAAAUGUAAAUAUUUAUAUAGACAUCUGUAUAAAUGAAGAAGUAUGUAUUUGAAAUCUGUAUUAAGCGUGCAUAUCCAGCUCAAAGCAGAGGAAAAAACCAUCACAUUACUAUCACUGUAUUUUAUGAAUACGAUGCUUAGAAUAUUUCUUUCUGCCGCUUCCUAUCCUUUGUGGUACUGUGUUGCAGUUUUCUUAUCUGUUGAAAAUCAUGAGAAUAAUGUGCUGCAGACACUUUGUGCAGUUCCAUUAUUUUACCACAAGUCACAACUGGAGCAUAUAGUAAAAGUAGAAUCAUAGAUAUUUACCAGAAACUACAGCAAGGGUCCAAAAUUACUCUGUUCAAGGAAAUGUUUACCCAGAAGUUGUGGUAAAUUAAGUGAAAAAUUGUUCUGCUGGAACUUAAACUUCAUGGAGUCGUGCAAUGAACAGCGAGAACAUCAGUGAUGCAGAUGGUAUUUAUGAUCCUGACUAACUUUACCCUGGAAGUUGAGGGACUGGCAUUGCAAUCCACACUAUCUAGUCAGAGCCGAGUCUUUGCUCACUGAGAAGAGCAAGAGUUUGGUCACCGGUUUCAGUGGGAACAGGAGUGAGGCUUUAAUUCUAUUUGGCUCUAAUAGUGCUUUCUUUUUUUUUUUCCAGCAUCCUACACUCAAAGUUUAAAAGUAUUGCUUGCUCAUACCAGCAUUUAGCAAAAUAAAGCACCUGUGUAACUCUUCAGAAUCUGAGGACAAGCACCCUCAUUUAGGCACACACUGGAAAAGAUUUUUCUCAAUUGAAGUCCAAGUGUGCCACUGUUACUUCUCUCCUAACAGAAUUUUUUAGUGUUUUUCCUUCAAUUAAGUUUAAAAAUAUAGGCUCAGUGUGGACCACCAACUUCUUUAUUUUUAGCUACCAAAAAGAAGCAGCGUUACUUACAAGCCUCUCGAUUCGUUUUUUGAUGAGAAUAUAAAAUUGUUGCUAAACAUUCUUUUUGUCCUCUUCCAGGCGAACUUGAUCUCAGUUUGGUUAUGUUGAUCUGUCACUACCGGCUAAAUUUUUAGGAACCCUGAUAAGACUAAAUUUAUUUCUUCCAAGAAAAAAUGUCAAAUGCUUACUGCACUUAACCUGUUUUAACAAAAUGAGAAAAACGUAAAGACUUGCUAAGUAUGCUUUAAAUGUAUUUAAGAGAUGUGUGCAUAGAAAAUAGGAAGAUGUUCUUGCAAACUGAUACCUAAGUUUUCACCAGUUAUUCCUCUUCACAACAGCAUAGUAGUUUAUAUCCAGCCUUUCAAAAAUCAGGGUACUUUCUAAAGAAAAAUGGCAACUACACAACUAUGUUACAGUCAUCGAACUUCCAACUGGGAAUCUGAUACAUGAUGCAAGGAUUAAAAAAAAAAAAACACACUUAAAAUCAAAAGCUCAUACAAUAUCUUUGCAGAAAUGUUGACCUUCUUCCUAGUACGCUAUGUAUUAUAUUUAAAAAGAAAAAAAAAGUUGGGUCUAAAUAGCCUCUUUCUAAGCUUUUCUUCAGAUUUUCUAAAGUUCUCUUUUUAACUUCAAGCGUGUUCUGUGUUUAGUUUUGUUUUUUUAAAUUCAGUUCCUGCUUCGUAAAGAAUUAAGGAUAUCUGAAGUUUAAAUAUGAGAUGUUUAUAUAGUAGUUCUGGUUUUCUAUUAGCUUUUAUACAGUACCCUAAAAAACCCUUGAUAGAAGUGUUUAUUUUGGAGGAUACGGAAUAAAUAUGCUUCCACUUAUAUAACUUUAAUAUAUGUUUAAAAAGUUAAAUUAUGGAAAAAAAAUGUUAGUUGUUUGUUUAUAAAUAUCUUCUGAAGAGUGUCUAGCUUGGCCACAGCCAAAAUAAAAGGCAAAUUUAUUGAUACAAAAACCUGUCCUCCUCAUAUUUUGUUUAAUUUUGUAAUUGUGUGCUGAAGCGAUGCAAAUAUAGAGCUCUUGCUAAAUACAAAAAGGUUUCUUUUCCUUUAAAUUCGUGACAGGAAUGUGCAGAUGUUUUAAUAUAUAUAGAUUAGAAUUUUAACUUCUUUCCUUUUUGGUUAUAUUUUAUAGUUUGUCAGAUAAAUCUCAGAGAUCUAUACUGCUUCAGUGGAAGUAACUUCUGUUGCAUUUAAGAGAAGCAGGGUUGAGCCAUGAAAUGUAUUUUGGUUUGGGACUUAUUUUCCUUUGAGGCACUGCGUUGGCAAAGGUCUAAGCAUGUGAUUAAGUUCCAAUGAGAUCAGUCUUAACAUUUUUUUUAAAAAAACGUGCUUAGGUUUUUUGAUAAAUUGGGACCAUGGUCACCCGUUGAAAGUGAGAAAUGAUGUAUGGGUUUAUUCUUUAUGUUCUACAAUGAAAAGUUAAAAUGAGUUUUCCUCUGCAUAAAAACGGCAUGUAUGUACACCUAAAAUGUAAUUCUGCAGUCUUACAAAAGCGAAGGACACCAACCAGUAAUAAUCUACCUGAACUUCUGUAAGACCUUUGAUAUGGUCCCCCACAACAUUCUUGCCACUAAAGUGAAGAGGUGUAUAUUUGAGGGUUGAACUGUUUGAUGGGUAAAGAAAUGGCUGGAUGGCCAUGUGCAAAGAGUUAUGGUCAACAGCUCAUUGUCCCAGUGUAAGCCAGUAACAAGUGGUGUCCCUUGAGGGUCCAUAUUGGGACCAAUACUAUUUAGUAUCUUCAUGGAUAGUGGGAUUUCACAGGGAUACUGGGAUUGAGUGCACCCUCUGCAAGUUUGUGUAUUAUGCAAAGCUACUCAGCUUAUUUGGUUGAUAAUUUAAGAGGGAAGAGAUGCCAUCCAGGGGGUCCUUGAUAGGCUUGAGGAGUAGGCUCCCUCAUGAAGUUCCACAGGCCAAAGUCCUGCGUUUGAGUCAAGGCAGUUCUCAAUUUCAGUAUAGAGUGAGUGAUGUCUAUACUGGUGGAGACUGAGAGCAGCUCUGAGAAGAAGGACUUAGGGGUUCUAGUAGAUGAAAAGCUUGACACAAGCCAGCAGUGGGCACUUACAGCCCAGAAGGCCAACUGCAUCUUGGGCUUCAUCACAAGAUGGCUGACCAGCAGGGCAAAGGAGGAGAUUGUCUCCCUCUACUCUGCCCUUGUGAGGUCCCACUUACUGUACUGCAUUCAGCUCUGGGACCCCCAGAACAAAAAAAUGCAUGGAGCUGUUGGAGCAGGUCCAAGGGAGCCCACGUGGAUGAUUGGAGGGCUGGAGUGCCUAUCCUGUGAAGACAGGCUGAAGGUGGUGGGUUGGUUCCAUCUGGAGAAGAGAAGGUUCCAGGGAGACCUCGUUGCAGCCUUCCACUACUUAAAGGGGACCUACAAGAAAGCCGGAGAGGGACUGUUUAUGAGGCAACAUAGUGAUAGGACAAGGGGAAGGAGCCUUAAACUAGAAGAUGAUUGAUUUAGAUUAGAUAUUAAGAAAAUCUUCUUACUCAGAGGGCAGUGAGGCACUGGCACAGGCUGCCCAGAGAAGCUGUGGAUGCCUCAUCCCUGGCACUGUUCUGGGCCAGGUUGGAUGAGGCUUUGGGCAACCUGGUCUAAUGGGAAGUGUCCCUGACCACGGCAGGGGGGGGGUUGGAACCAGGUCUUCACAGUCCUUUCCAACUCAAAACGUUCUAUGAUACUUCUUGUAUUCUAUUUUAUUUUGCGUAAGGAGAAUAGAAACAUCCGGACAGCUGAGAAGAUAACCUACUGAAGCAGCAGGUGACACUAGACUUUUGCUCACGUCUUUCAGAAUGGAGAUGUAGCCUUAUCUGUGAACCAAAACACACAGCUGUGAGAUUUGUUCCUGCAUUUCCUAUUUAGGCAAGCAUUCUGGUGACAUCCAGUAGAAUAUGUUUUGUUUCAUUUUGCUACCUUUUCCCCCCCAAAUAGCAUGUGCAGGUUUGGUCUGAAGUUACACGUACUCUGUUUUCUGUUCCUAACUUCAAGUGAUAAAACUAGAAGUUCCACACCUGGGAUAAGGACAGACUUAUGGCGAACUUCUUGGCACUAACAGUGAGGGUGCAAAUAUCUGGCAUGAGCCUGUAGUCUGGCGUGUGCCUAUACUGUUCAAUAAAAUUGUUUACAUUUUCCUACCAGGAGAUUUAGAUAAAAAUCACAGUAAGGUUAGGAUUUUUUCAAUGUUGCUGUUGAUUAAUCAGUGUUAAUUUUUUUUAAUUAUUUUGUUUGUUUGUUUGAACGCAGCCUGAUAGUAUUUUUAAUGUCAUUGAUUCUUGUUUAUUUAAAACAACUCACGAAAAACUGUACUAUAACUGUUGUACAUAAAGGGACACUAUCAAGAGAAAGGGUGUAUGCUAUACUUAGCUGUAUUAAAAAUACUUGAUAUGAAUAAAUUCAAAGAAAAACAUGAAUCGACUCCUAACACUUGAGCUCGUUAGGCAUGAAAAUGCCUAUUGAAGGCAUUUUCCUAAAUUGUUGCAAAGGUGCCAGAAAAAUAGAUCUGAAUUCUGUGGGUGGAGCUCACUUUCAUGUUGCUUUUUCUCUAACCCAGAAUAAAGGACUUGAUCUAUUUUUCCUUUGUUGUUUCUUUCAGUGAUACGUGGUACCUUUUCAAGACACGCGCUUCUCACUGCUGCAGCGUGUUUAAUUAAAGCAUGCGUGUAAAAGCAGGGGGAAAAAAAUCUUUUUGCAGAAUACAUAUAAAGUGCACAAUUUAAAGCUCAUUCUUGACAGUGUCCCUUUUUAAAAAAGCAGGAAAAUGGAAUCACUUGUAGUAUUUAGGUGCGGGGAAAUAGUUUGCUGCAGUUUCUAGAAAUUGGAAUUAUCCAAUAUAUUUGCUAUGGAAUUUUCCAAUUUGUUACGCAAAAUCACUUGUCAUUUUAAAGUGUUAUAGAGGUAAGGCAAAAGAAGCUGGUUUUUUUAAUCCUGUAUACCUUACAGUCGUUGUAUAUCAAUUCGAUACACCAGUAUUGGAUUGUAAUUAAGAAAGGGUUUUUACUUUUUUAGGACAGAGACUUAAUAGCUUAGGGUAACUUUUUCUUCAACGCAAUGUAAAUCCAUUGCUGCUUUGUACAACUUUUUCUACUGUAUGUUUUCUUUACUUAGAUCUUGACUAAGAAAUGUUGGCGUCCAAUAAACUUACACUUUCUUUCUUUGGAA